CCCACCCCCGCGUGGGCUAUGUUGUUAAUUCCACGCCCCGCGACGUGGUACCUUAUGAUCUCCAGUCAGCGCCGAAAACUGUUCUACAGGAGAGAGGAAAAAAAUAAAUAUAUAUUAUCAGCACAGCUGAGUCGGCGAGUAGACGGCGUGGAAUAGCUUUUCACUGAGUGCUACAGAAUUAGGAUCUGGGCUGUGAAGGGGCUUCAGCAGGAAAACGCUGUCUGUGAUUCAUGGACUCUCUGUUCGGUGGGGAGCUGGGCAUGCUGACCGCAGAGGGACUGGCGGAGGAGGGCUGUGGGGUGGGCUGGGCGAGCGGACCCCUCAGAGGGGACAUGUACCCCACCCCCCACUUCACCCUCAUCACCGCCUACCAGGACAUCAAGAACCGGCUCUCUAGGCUGGAGAAAGAGAACUGUGGGCUCAAGAGGAGACUCAAACUCUAUGAGAUCAAGUUCCCCAUGAUCAGCGACUUCAGUGACGAUCGCAACUCCUACUGCUCCUUCGAGACCAUGGAGACUUCACUGCUGAACAACAGCCUGCAACAGCAGCUCAACCGGCUUCGGCAUGAGCUCCAGAAAGGCAAGGAGAGGGAGGGGCAUCUGGAGGAUGUAAUCCAGGCCUACGAGAAGAGCCACAUGGAGAAGAGUAACCUGCAGAGAGACCUGGAUCAGAUGACCACGCUGGCGGAGAAGCACGUGGAGCGCAUCCGAAACGUGGAGCAGAUGCUGCGGCAAAGAGACAGCUCCUUGCAGAACCUCAACACGCAGCUGCGCAGCAAGGAGAUGCAGUACCUGCAGCUGCACACCAGCCCCUCCCGCCCCCGCAUGCUGGCCUGUCCCGCGAUGACCCUGCAGAGCUCCCGCAGUCUGGACGCGGUUUCUGACCUGGAGCUGCAGCGGCUGGAGGCGGAGCUAGAGGAGGCACGGCGGGAGGCGGGAGAGGCGUGUCGCCGGGAGGCGGAGCUCAAGGGGGUGUGCGAGCAGAUGCAGGAGGAGCUGAGACAGCGACAGGAGGGGCAGCGGCAGGGGGAGAUGACCACCCAGUGUGUCCAGUGUGACGUGGAGUGGAUCAAGAAAGCUGGAGAUGAGCAGGUGAACCUGGCCCUGGCGUACACUGAGCUAACAGAGGAGCUGUCCCGUCUGCAGAGCCUGAGCUCCAAACAGACCGAAAUACUGAGGAGUCUGUCCCAAGAGCAGAGCCAACCUGUCCAGCGCCACUCCCCUGUCCCUCAGCGCCACUCCCCUGUCCCUCAGCGCCACUCCCCUGUCCCUCAGCGUCACUCCCCUGUCCCUCAGCGUCACUCCCCUGUCCCUCAGCGCCACUCCCCUGUCCCUCAGCGUCACUCCCCUGUCCCUCAGCGUCACUCCCCUGUCCCUCAGCGCCACUCCCCUGUCCCUCAGCGCCACUCCCCAGUCCCUCAGAGCCACUCUCCUGCCCCCCAGAGGCGAUCGUCGGUACCGCAGAGGCUUUCCCCUGACGUCCACCGGAGGUCUCCCCUGCCCGACUCGAAUGACGGUCCGGCUUCCUACACCAGCCGCCCGACCAGCCACCUCCUGCGAGCGAGCUUCCAGGGGCGCAGGAGCUACUCGGAGGUCAGCGACCCAGCCGCGUACCAACGUCCACCCCGCCUGCAGCUAGACCCGGUCUCCACCCUGCCCAAACCCCGGCCCUACAGAGAGGGGUACCACAAGCAGGGGCUCAGCAGCAGUGUGACCAGCAGCCCCCUCCGCACCCGCGAUCCCUUCACCCCGCAGGAGCUCCUUCACAUGCGUUUUGACAAGCCUGCCCGCCCCUCCCCGCAGUCCUCCGAGGACGAGGAGGAGUGGGCCCGCUCCACCACCCCCUCUGCCGCCACCCCACCUGGCUCGAUCAGAGGAGUGCCUUCCUGCUCUGCCUUCCCCAUCCUCAAAACCAUCCCCCGUCCCGCCUCCUCCUCCACAGAACAUGCCCAGUCCUGGCCCUCUAUCAACCUGUGGAUGGAGACUGAGGACUCUGACAUCAGGAGCUGCCCGCUGUGUCAGCUGACCUUCCCAGUCGGUUACCCUGACGACGCCCUGAUCAAACACAUCGACACACACCUGGAGAACAGCAAGAUCUGACAGCCACAGCGCCCCCUUUUGGGAACCUCCGGAAACUAAAUGCAGGAUUUUCAAGCCAAAAUAAUGAAAGAAUUGAAAACAACAAAAGUCUAGAAACAGGAUUGUUUUUUUUGUACCUCCCUUUCAAUUGUGACAGUUUACAACAGACUGAUCCUGAAUGAAGGAAAGAAAUAAGAGUAAAAAAUAGGAAGAUGAAGAGAAGAAUAAUUGCAUGCUACUGAAUUUAAUAAGACGAUACCGAAGUAAUUUUUUUUACACUGAAAGUCUUUGAAAAAACAUUGCAAACCAAGUUAUAAAAAUUGUACAGUGCAGAAUUGAGGAAAAUCCUGCUGUUCUAUCUAUCAGGUAUCUGACAUUUUUUUUCAGAAAUUUGAUAUCUAAAUGUGACUUUUUUAAUAGCUGAUUUUGGGUCAACAUUAACCUUAAAAAAAAAACUCUAGUGUAAUUCACUCUGCUUCAUGACUAAAU